AUGGAUCCAGGACUCGUGGCAAGAAUGAUUUGGAAACGAUUUUGUCGCGGAGACGGAAACAGCAGUGCUCUGCUUUCCGUCCAAGGGUUUAUCGAAUAUAUUGGUUUCUGGGAAAUGCAAAACGCACAGGACUGCGUUCUUCCAGAGAACCAAGACGCAUUUCAAAUAUUACCUUGA